AUGGCACGAAAUUCAAUGCUGAAUAGCGAUGAAAUAUCUGCUAUUAUAAAUGAUGAACUGAAUGAGGACAAUUUUGAGGGCGAUUCUGCCAGCGAAACCGAAGACUUCGUCGAGGAAGAUUGUGUCCAAGACGAUGAAAAUUAUGAGCCUUCGGACUCUGAAGAUGAUCUUCCAGCAGAUCCACAAGUCACAGCACAGGUGCUUGCCUCCAGCUCGCCCACAAAUCAGCUUCUUGCAGAACCUUGGCUAAAAGUAAGACUGGCAGUUACAACCAUGCCUAGACACGUAAUUGACAAUAUCCAUAGUGUUCUACAGUUCCAACAAUCCCGAACUUUGACUAAUUCAAGAGCUGGCCCUGAACCUGAAGUACCUGGUACAUCAUCAGAUAUUGAACCUGGUAACCCUGAAGUAGCUUCGACAUCUACGGCAACAGAAGCGCGUAAGAGGAAAACGUGUAGUCAAUGUCAUUAUAAAAAAAAGCGUAUGACAAAAACGAUAUGUGCCACUUGUAAGAAACCGAUUUGUGGUGAACAUAAGCUACUUCAAAAUCUCGGCAAAGUAGAUCGGACGCUGGACGAUAUAUUCGAAGAGCACCUCCAGAACUUCAACCGACAGCAUCAGCAGGCCACACGAUUGCAAAAGGAAUUCAACAACUACAUACGAUGCAUACGAGCCGUUCAAACAGCAUCAAAAACCCUAAUGGAGGCGAUCACAGAGGUGUACGAAAGCGGGUGGUCGGGCCACGACCUGCUCUACGUACAAGCGCAGAACAUGGAGAUGUUAUGGCAGGACUUCUCCCACAAACUAGGCGAUCAAGUACUCAUACCUCUCAACACGUAUACCAACCAGUUUCCGGAAGUUAGGAAAAAAGUCGAAAAACGUGGAAGGAAAUUAGUGGACUACGACAGUCAGAGGCACAGUUUCCAAAACCUACAGGCCAAUGCCGCUAAGAGAAGAGAUGACGUCAAGGUAACCAAAGGCCGCGAGCACUUAGAAGAAGCAAAGCGUACAUACGAAGUGCUUAACUCCGAACUGCACGACGAACUGCCCGCACUCUACGACUCCCGCGUGCUGUUCUACGUGAACAAUCUGCAAACACUCUUCUCGGCUGAACAACUUUUCCAUUCUGAGAGCUCAAAGGUGUUCGCGGAGCUGGAGGCGAUAACGGACAAGCUGGCGAUGGAGAGCCAGCGCGGCUCCUACAAGAAGCCGGCGGCGCGCGCCGCGCACAACGGCAGCGCCGCGCCGCCCUCGCCGCCCGCCGCCGCGCCCGCGUCCGCCCCCGCCCACGCCACGCUGCAGACGCCGCCCUCCCCCGCGCUCAACGGGGCCUCCCCGCCCUCCCCCGCGGCCCCCGCGAGGGCCUCGCCCGACUCCCGCGGCUCGCCCGAGGCCCCCGCGCGGGGCUCCCCCGAGGCCCCCGCGCGGGGCCCCCCCGGCUCGCCCGCGCGGGGCUCCCCCGACAACGCGGACAAGAAGGUGGAGGAACUGUAUGAUAUACCUGUCGAUGGUCCUGCAGGGUCGCCGGAAACGGCGGCAAAACUCAACAACAACGUCGAUGAAAAAAAACAAGAUGGAGAGAAAGAGAAGGAAAUAGAAAAGGAAAUGGAUAAGAAAGAGACGGAAAAACAAAAUGAAACGAAAAACGAAGAAGUUUACGAUAUACCUGUUGGGGCGACGCUGGGCGGGCUGCCGGCGGGCGCGCUGUACCGCGUGCGCGCCACCUACCGCUACACGCGCGAGGACAGCGACGAGCUCUCCUUCGACGUGGGCGACGUCAUCCGCGUCGUCGAGUACGACGACCCCGACGAGCAGGAGGAAGGCUGGCUAAUGGGCAUAAAGGAAUCGACGAACGAGAAGGGAAUGUUCCCGGCCAACUUCACGCGGCCGAUC